CUGGACGCGGGGCAUGAUGUGCAUCAAAUGCCUGAAUCAGCCAAACGACAAGUUCCUGAGCAUAUAUUACGAAAAGCCAGAGAGAUCGCAAAGGCUGAAUAUCAAAAGAAACUCAAGGAGAUUGCCAUGUCUGAAUAUGAUGCAGAUGCAUACAUGGCGCUUUGGAAUAAAAUCGAGAAGCAGUCUAGUCUUCUGCGAUCCAUUGUUGAGCAGCUAGAAGCGAAAGAGAAAGAGCGUCAGUGGGCUCGUCAUCAAACUACCGGUGACCUUGAUGAUGGGAAACUUAUUGAGGGAAUCACCGGCGAGAGAAAUAUCUAUAAACGGCGCAUAGAUAAAGUCCCUGAACCCGGUACACCGCAAAUGAAACCAAAGAGGAUGAGACUAUGCUUUGAUGUGUCUGGUUCAAUGUAUCGCUUUAAUGGUUAUGAUAAAAGACUGAACAAAUCUCUUGAAGCGGCUCUCUUGGUUAUGACUUCAUUCGAAGGCAAAAGUGAUAAGAUCAUUUAUGACAUCACUGGACACUCUGGAGAUGGCCCUUGCACAGAAUUCGUUAAGGAAGGACACUAUCCGCAAAACAAUAAAGAACGACUGGACAUUCUAAAGCAGAUGUUAGCUCAUACCCAGUUUUGCUCCAGCGGUGACUUUACGGUAGAGGGUCUGGAAGAUGCGAUUCAAUUUUUGAGCAAGAAGAAAGACUGUGACGAAAAGUUUGUCGUUCUUAUCUCUGACGCAAAUCUGGAUAGAUAUGGGAUAUCGCCUAAAGAAUUGGUGAGGGCCAUGAACAAAAAUGAAGAUGUCCGCUCAUUUGUGAUAUUGAUUGGCUCUCUCGGCGAACAAGCAGCCAGGCUCAAAGAGUCGUUGCCAGUUGGAAAAGCAUUUGUUUGUGAAAACACAUCUGAUCUCCCAAAGAUAAUGCAAAGCAUUUUUGCAUCUACCUUAGCUUGA